CAGCCACAAGGCGGUGGAGAUCGAGCAGGAGCGCGUGAAGUCGGCGGGGGCCUGGAUCAUCCACCCCUACAGCGACUUCCGUUCCUUCGCUUCCGCCCGGCUCCCGCCCCGCACGCACCUAUUCGGCCUCCCGCGCGCCCUCCCCUCCUGCAGUCCCCUCAGACACAUCCCGAGGCCCUGUGCCCGAGCCCGGCGCUUCCGCCCCAUCCUUCUCCUGCGUCACCCGCUGGGCUUGUGACCGCCUGUGAGUCAGGCUGUGAAGAUGUUCCGCUGGCCAGGAAAGCCCGGAUCUUCCUCAGCGGCUCAGGGAGAGGAGAUCCCGGGGUAGAGGAGAUCCAGGGAUUGUUGUUGGGUGAAAGCCCACAGUCUGGGAGGCUUCCCAGAGCCUGGAUUUGGGGACCACUGAGAGCCUUUGAGGGGCUGAAAGAAUCGGUUUGGCAGGCAUGGGCAGAAGGGGCUGCAUCCUGCUCAUGCUGGGAUUAGAUGUGUCCUAGAACUAAAAUCACCGUGGGAAAUCGAGUCGCUCGGAUUAUCUGGUGAUUUUUGUCUGGAUGCAGGGUCCCCCAGAUCCCCCCACCCCUUCUUUCCGCAGCUUCCGCCACAGCUGUACCGUCUCCCCUGGGCGUGGCCUUGCCUGGCUCAGCCGGAGUCCAGCGGUCACAGGCAGAGAGGGAGGGAGAGGAGCAGAGCUCAGGCGCGCUGCUCUGCUCUGCUCGGAGCCCGGGGAGCUCCCGUUGUGCGCGUCAGCCCUUGUGCUGUGAGGGGAGGGCCAUCCUUGGAAAGCUCAGUGCAGAUGGACGCAGGACAAACUACCCCGCCCUGGACGGGGCUGGGCAGGUUUUCCUAGAGAAACAGGAUUCGAGCAUCCAGCUGUGCUGGGGAGGAGGCCUGGGGUGGGCAAGGCCGAGGAGUCCGAGACCAGGAAUGGGCUGGGAGCUGGAGAUGAGAGGAGCAGCAACCUUUUCAGUGGUCUGCAGAUAACGGGUGGGUGAGUCAUAUCACUAACCAGUGCGUGCAGCAUCGUCACAUACAUUGUCUUGGGGGGAAUUUCCCAACAACCCUGGGAAAUUAGCACAGGGUACUUUAUCUUUACAUUAAAAAAGCGGGGAUUUAGCUCAGUGGUUCCACUGCUUGCUUCACAAGUGCAAGGACCCGAGUUCGAUCCCUGGUACCAAAAAAAAAAAAUCCUUGAUAAUGAUGCAUAAAUCUUACGUAGUAAGGAUCAUGUAACAACUGUGUUACUAAAUUGCUGAAUGGUCCAGGCUGGAUUCGAACUUGGGAUCCUCCUGCCUCAGACUCCCACAGUGCUGGGGUUACAGGCGUGUGCCACCAUGCCCGGUCACUUGUCUCAUUUAUUUACAUUUCCCACUAAUGGACAUUUGAGUGUUCCCAAAUUUAAUCCUGAGAUAAGCAUUCCCAUACACAUUUCUCCUGGAACAUUUGUUUCUCCUGGGUGUGUAUACACCUAGGAAUGGAAUUUCUGGAUGGCAGGAAAUGCAAAUGUUAGACUGCCAAAUAAUGCUGAACUGCUUUCCGAAAUAGUGGUCCCAGUUUCACUGCCAGUGGCUCUCAGUGGCCAUUCUGCUAUUCUGUAUUCUUUCCCCCUCCUGACCAAGCCAGACUAGCUUCUGUCAGUCCAGUGGCUGGUGAGAUGUCAUGGUGGUCUUACUCCCCAUCCUGCUCCCACCCUAGGUUUUACUGGGACCUGAUCAUGCUGCUGUUGAUGGUGGGGAAUCUCAUUGUUCUGCCUGUGGGAAUCACCUUCUUCAAAGAAGAGAAUUCUCCCCCCUGGAUUGUCUUCAAUGUCCUCUCUGACACUUUCUUCUUGCUGGAUCUGGUGCUCAACUUCCGAACGGGGAUCGUGGUGGAGGAGGGUGCUGAGAUCCUGCUGGCACCUCGGGCCAUCCGCACUCGCUACCUGCGUACCUGGUUCCUGGUGGACUUCAUCUCCUCCAUCCCUGUGGAUUACAUCUUCCUGGUGGUGGAGCUGGAGCCCCGGCUGGACACUGAGGUCUACAAAACAGCUCGGGCCCUGCGCAUUGUCCGCUUCACCAAGAUCCUCAGCUUGCUGCGGCUGCUCCGCCUCUCCCGCCUCAUCCGAUACAUACACCAGUGGGAGGAGAUCUUCCACAUGACCUAUGACCUGGCCAGCGCUGUGGUCCGAAUCUUCAACCUCAUUGGGAUGAUGCUGCUGCUCUGCCACUGGGACGGCUGCCUGCAGUUCCUGGUCCCCAUGCUGCAGGACUUCCCUCCUGACUGCUGGGUCUACAUGAACCGCAUGGUGAACCACUCGUGGGGCCGCCAGUACUCCCACGCCCUGUUCAAGGCCAUGAGCCACAUGCUGUGCAUUGGCUAUGGGCAGCAGGCACCUGUGGGCAUGCCCGAUGUCUGGCUCACCAUGCUCAGCAUGAUCGUGGGCGCCACCUGCUAUGCCAUGUUCAUCGGCCACGCCACUGCCCUCAUCCAGUCCCUGGACUCUUCCCGGCGUCAGUACCAGGAGAAGUACAAGCAGGUGGAGCAGUACAUGUCCUUCCACAAGCUGCCAGCUGACACCCGGCAGCGCAUCCACGAGUACUAUGAGCACCGCUACCAGGGCAAGAUGUUCAAUGAGGAGAGCAUCCUGGGGGAGCUGAGCGAGCCGCUGCGGGAGGAGAUCAUUAACUUCACCUGCAGGGGCCUGGUGGCCCACAUGCCGCUGUUUGCCCACGCCGACCCCAGCUUUGUCACUGCAGUUCUCACCAAGCUACGAUUUGAGGUCUUCCAGCCAGGGGACCUCGUGGUGCGUGAAGGCUCCGUGGGGAGGAAGAUGUACUUCAUCCAGCAUGGGCUGCUCAGUGUGCUGGCGAGAGGUGUCCGGGACACUCGCCUGACUGAUGGAUCCUACUUUGGGGAGAUCUGCCUGCUGACUCGGGGUCGGCGCACGGCCAGCGUGCGGGCUGACACCUACUGCCGCCUCUACUCCCUCAGCGUGGACCACUUCAACGCCGUGCUCGAGGAGUUCCCCAUGAUGCGCCGGGCCUUUGAGACGGUGGCCAUGGACCGGCUGCGCCGCAUCGGCAAGAAGAAUUCCAUACUGCAGCGAAAACGCUCAGAGCCGAGUCCGAGUCCGAGUCCGAGUCCGAGUCCAGGCAGUGGUGGCGGCACCAUGGAGCAGCACCUGGUCCAACACGACAGGGACAUGGCCCGGGGCGUCCGGGGCCUGGGCCCGGGCCCGGGAGCGCGGCUCGCUGGGAGGCCCGUGCUGUGGGAGCCGCUGGUGCACGCACCUCUGCAGGCAGCUGCUGUGACCUCCAACGUGGCCAUCGCCCUGACUCACCACCGGGGCCCUCUGCCCCUCUCCCCCGACUCCCCAGCUGCCCUCCUGGCUCGGUCCGCUCGGCGCGCAGCAGGCUCCCCAGCCUCCCCGCUGGUGCCCAUCCGAGCUGGCCCCCUGCUGGCACAGGGGCCCUGGGCAUCCACCUCCCGCCUGCCCGCCCCCCCAGCCCGAACGCUCCAUGCCAGCCUCUCCCGGGCAGGGCGCUCCCAGGUGUCCCUGCUGGGCCCUCCCCCGGGCGGAGGUGGGCAGAGGUUAGGACCUCAGGGCCGCCCACUCUCAGCUUCCCAACCCUCUCUGCCUCAGCGGGCAACAGGCGAUGGCUCUCCUCGGCGGAAGGGCUCCGGAAGCGAGCGCCGGCCCUCCUCGGGGCUCCUGCCCAAGCCUCCAGGGACAGCCCAGCCACCCAGGCCACCAGUGCCUGAGCCAGCCACCCCGCGGGGCCCCCAGCUCUCCGCCAAUAUGUGAAACCCUUGGUUACACAGGCCUUAGCUCUUAGGGUGCAGCAGUAGGUACCCGAGGGCAGAAGCCUCUUGGGGACAGCCGGGGGACUCAGGGACCACCCUGUGGGAGCGCGUCCCCCGUCACCAUGGUGUUCUCUGUAGCCUAUGCUCAAGCAGCCACAGCCUGUCUGAUGUCCCAGUCCAUUCAUUCACCCAUUUGUCCUGUGUACCCAGCCUAUAUGGUGAGGGCAUGGUGCCAGGCACUGUGUUCCUCCACUGCCAAGUAGAAGUGACUCAGAGCCCUCUGCCCAGGCUGCUCCGUGGCCCUGGUCCUGCCAGGUGCAGGACGGCCCGUGAUCCCUCCCUUUACUAAGCACAAGUACUUGCCACCACCAUCACUGCCAAGGAACGCGAUGUUUCUGUUUCCUAGCCAAUGGCCCUGCAGGGCUGGCCUAGUGUGGUAUCUUCCUGUCCCCUUAGUGUAGCUGGGCACUGUCAACUACCUGUGCCUCCACUGCUGCCAACAAAUGUCUUGGGUCCUGAGUGUGGGCAUCCACCUCUGCUCUCUUACUGCCAUGUGUGGACCCUCCCCACCUGCUCCCUCUGAGCGGGAACACGUGUCUGUCUGUGGCAGCACGGUCUGUCUAACUGGGAGCUGCCUCCUCCCUGUGCCCUUGCCCCUGUGCUGUCCCUCUCUGGAGCUAAGGUACAGCUGGCGCCUCCUUAGUGGGCUAGCCUAGAUCCCCUUGGGUGUGGGUAAGGAGCUGGACCCUUAUGUGAACUGUUUCUUUUCAUCUUAUUUAUUCAGUUAUUUAUUGAUUUGUUCAUUUGCUAUUUGACUUAUUAUCAACUCCUUUUGUUCACCUGUGCCUCCCUGUCCCUCCAUGCCAGCUUCUGUGGCCCUCGAGCAGCGCCAUCAGCAAUAUUUGAACCUCCUCCCUAUGUAGGUAGAGGCAGGAGGGGCUGACC